AUGAGUGAUUUUGAACAUGAUAUCCUCUUUGACAGCUAUAGCAAAGUAUUGCAUCUUCUUGAUCUUCUUUUUGAUAUAAAUGAAGGAUAUAUAGCUGAAAUUCUUGAUCUAAUGGUGCAAAUUGCACAAGAAGAAGAAUGGAAUCAUGAAUUUUUCAUUUUCUUGGUUGAUAAAGCCUGUUCGCCAAAUAUCCAGAAACUAAAUGUAUACGUUGACCUAGCAAAGCAGAUUUAUGAUAAAUAUCCAGAAUCAAAAUUAUUCAAAAAUUUCUCUUGUGGCGAACUGAGUAUGACACUUUCUAAUAAUCAAAUUUAUUUCAACAAUGAGACAUAUCAAGCUAUAAUUGACGAUGAUGUUGAUUAUUUAAUAAAUCUAUCCUCAAAAGAUUCAAAUUUCAACUUUAAUGAUGUAAUUUUCUUCAGAAGUUACAUUAAUAUCAGUGCAAUGCAUGGGUCAUCGAAAUGCUUUAAGUUUUUAUUAUCUAAUAAUGCUGAAAUCAAUGAACAAACUCUUAUUCAUGCUUUUGAAGGCGGAGAUUUAGAAAUUAUAAACAUGAUUGAACAAAAAUUCGUUCCUGACCAAAAUUGUAUUGAUGCUGCCGUCAAAUCCCAUAACAAUGAUGCUGUAUACUAUCUAAUGGAUAAGUAUAACUUAGACUAUUCUUAUUCCAAUUGUGCUGAAAGUUAUAAUUUAGAAUUGUUCUUUUUCAAACUUUCAAAUGAAGUUCAAGAUAACAAAAUCAAAAGUUUGAAUGAAAGUUUUACUGAUAUGAUCUUUUUCGGCUUAAAAUCGCUAAUCAAACUUUAUGUCGAGAAUGGUGUUGAUAUUAAUUCAACAAAUAUUAAUAACUGGACAGCAUUAGUUGUCUGUAUUAUUUUGAAUUUAUCUCCAAGUGUUGCAAAGUAUUUGAUUGAAAAGAAAAUCGAUGUGGAUGCAAUUGAUGUUUUUAAGAUGUCCGUAUUAAUGAUGUGCGCUCUCAGAGAUAACAUAGAAAUUGCAAAAAUCUUGAUCGAAAAUGGUGCAAACAUCAAUCAGAAAGAUGCUGAAAAAAGAUCGAUUUUGAUGCUGGCAAAAUCUCCUGAAUUUGUUUCUUUACUAAUUGAUCACGGUUGUGAUCUUAAGGUGCUUAAUUGCGAAGGAUAUAAUGCACUUGAAUAUGCUGUUAAAGAAUGUGAUUAUAUAAAGGUGAAAUAUUUGCUAGAAAACUCGAAAAUAGAAAUUAGAACUUCUUUGAAGAUAUGUUGCAUCCAUAACUAUGAUGAAAUUGCUAAACUUCUAAUAGAUCAUGGUGCAAAUAUUAAUCAGUAUGAUGAAUAUCCACUAUUAUUUUAUUGCCAAAUCGGUGAUUCGAUGAAAACUGCAAGACUACUUCUCAAACAUAAUUUCGAUUUAACAAACUAUGAGCCAUUUGCAAAUACUUUAAAUGACACAGCAAAGUUCAUAUCAAAAGAACUACAAUCAAGAAAGAAAAAUUAA